GAGGUUUCUGUUUCACCCUCACAUCAUCACAACACAAGAUUUGAAAAUUGGUCAAACAAUUUUGGUUGAACCACCAUUUUCAAUUUUUCGAACGGAUGAAAUACAUAGUUUUGUGCGCAAUCGUUGUUCACAUUGCUUGCGUGAUUACCGAAAUUUCAUCACAUGCAAAAAAUGCAUUUGCGGAAUUUUUUGUAACAAAGAUUGCAUGGAAGCAUCCUUUCAUAAGUUCCUAUGCUUCACUCAUAUUUCUAAUCCAUCGAAUCACCUGACAUUUGAACUGGUUAUAAAAACAAUUUGCAAAGCAAAUACCAUAUUUCCCGAUGUUGAUUUCUUCAUGGAGACGGUGGAACACUUUUUAGAUAGCCAACACAUCGAUACUCUAAAUGCAGGACAAAAAGAUUUCUUUUCAAUAUUUCGGCUCGUUCACAAUCAUGAUAAAUUGUCUAAAUCGCAAUUGAAAACGAUUCCACCAACCACGGCUUUGACAUUUGCAACUUUCAUGCAGUUUCCCGAAUUUAAUAAGAAAUUCGUAACAACAAAACAUCUUCGUUUUCUGCAACACCUGAUUUUACAUCUUUUCCAUAUAGCUGAGCAUCAUCUAAAAUUGUUUCAGCGGAAAUCGAAAGAUGAUGGUAAAGUUUCAUUUUCCGAUUUUGAGAUGUAUGCGUUGGGAAUGUAUCCAUUUGCAUGUAAUAUCAGUCAUUCCUGCGUACCAAAUGUCUCUUAUUAUGGCAAUGGCGCUAGUCUUGUAUGCAAGGUAAUUCGGCCCAUCAGGAAAGGCGAUCAGAUUUUCAUAUCAUAUCGUCUUGGUGUGCCUACGUUCGAGAAAGUUCCGAUUUCUGCUAUGGAAAAGCAAUGCCGAACUGAAUAUCAUUUCAAAUGCGAGUGCAUUAUUUGUUCGACUGAUUUUUUUCUGCCAACAAAAUAUGAAAUCAACUUUACAAAUACCAAACUUUAUAAGGACAUAAUGGAGGCCAACUCAAUGACUAUUCAAGCAUUCCGAAAGUUACCGCGUGAAAAAUUAAAAUAUUACGAGGAAUGUGCGAUCAAAUUUUUAGAAAGAUACGAUCGCUUUCACCCGAUCAACGAAACGAUUGAAGUAUGGAGAAUUUUAAUAACCAUAUGGCUGCUGUUUACGACGCGUUUUCAUUGAACAUAAUUCAGCAGCAUUAAUAUUAUCACUCUUUAUUCUUUUUUCAAUGGAUUUGUUUUUUUUUUCGUACAUUAAGAGGGUAAUGGUGAGGGGAAAACCUCUGAGAAAACCCCAUAAUACGUUAUAUAUAAUUGAUUAGUUACUAUAGUUUUUUUUAGCAGUCCCUAUAAUUUUUUUUUUCCAUUUUGGGACCAAUAUGUGACAUUAUCUUUUGAAUUCCUUAUUACAAUAUUGUCUAUGGAAUGGCUAAAAUAUAUUCAUUCUAUCUAUUUUUACAUGAUAAAUUUUUUGGAUUUUUCUUGUAUUUUACAACCUACUGGAUUUUUCCAUAUAAAUUGAAGUUAUGGUUCAGUAUUUUAUGCUUAUGAAAAAUUACAAUUCCGUUGUGUGAAUAUGUUCUUUUCUUUUUAAAUGUGUGACUUGAAAUCAGCUGCAGUCGACCGUUGAACAUGGCAUUUAUUUCAAUAGCAAUCAUUCUGUCGGUCAAUAAUAUGCCAGCUGUAUGGCUGGAGUGGCAAAUCAUUAGAAUUUCUCGUAAUUGUAUGAGUGUUUCCAAGCUUGAGCAUUUAUUGUAACACGGGAUUUGAUUUGGUUAUAUUUUAUUUUAUAAGCGGGCAUUGAUGUAUUGAAUUUGAUUUGUUUAGUGCAUUUAAGUCUUUGUAUUUAAUGUUAUCAGAAAAAAAUUCUAACAAUAUCUUAAAUAAAAUGAAUAAUGAAAAAUUUCAACUUGAA